AUGCCCGAGGACCAACCUUCUCGUCCUACCCACGACAAAAUCCAAAACUUCAAUUUUUUGCUGUCUCGCCAGGACAAGAACCGACAAUACUCGUUUGACGCUGACACCGGGCUGGCCCCGUUUGCCAACGUGAACAUGGAUUACGAUCAAACCGAGGGCAUGGGGGGUCUCUCGGUCAGUUCCUACGAUAGCAUCGAUGAUGACCGCAGCUCGCUGGAUCUGCGCGGGUAUCCCUAUCAAGGCUCCGGCGACAAGUCCAUCAACUACUCGAUUCCCGACCAAAUGAUGCCGUACUCGGCUCACUCCAUCUAUCCGCCCGUCCCCUUUGCGCCCGAUGAGCUCGGCCAUGCUCCGGGGGCCCUGACACCGUCAGAUGUGUCGUCAUCCAUCUCGCCACCCAACGGCCAGAUGGGCAACACCAAAUACAGCACUUCGAUCCCCGGGGAUCGCAUCGCCGCCGCUCUCGGCCAGGAAGAGCAUGUGAGGUUGGCCGCCGAAGAGGACCGGCGCCGUCGAAACACCGCCGCCAGCGCCCGCUUCCGCAUGAAGAAGAAGCAGCGUGAGCAAGUCCUCGAACGGACCGUCCGCGAGACCACCGAGAAGAACGCCUCGCUGGAAGCCCGCGUUGCCCAGUUGGAAAUGGAGAACCGCUGGCUGAAGAACCUCCUGACCGAGAAGCACGAGGCCAACACGCGCAUGCCUCCGCCCAAGGACAGCUCCGCGCUGAAACCCAAGGCAGCCGGCCAAAAACAUAUUCAGCCCAAAAAGAAGGGCGUCGGCACCGACGAGUGA